AGCGCCACCAUAUUAAAUCCAAUAUGGCAGCCACCAUAAGCGCAGAGGUAUGUUGAUGUUGUACCGCUUCGGUUCUUAAAUUUUAAUAUUAAACGUUGUUAUGGGAUCAUCAGAAAGCUGUUUACUGUAACUAAAUCAUUGUACCACUAAGAUAUGAGUUUCUUAGGCUACAAGAGUACCGUUGAAGAUGGAGAUUUGGUGAUUAUUUAUCUAGGCCACGAUUCGAUGUUACCACUCGAUGUCCGCCAGGGAGAAACAACUCAAACGCGGUUCGGUGCGUACUGGAAGUGGUUCCCUGUCUCAUGCUCUGGCUCGAGCAGUGGCUCCCUCUGGCCACCUCCACACAUUUGAGUUCCAUGAGCAGAGAGCAGCAACUGCAGGAAAAGAAUUUGUGGACCAUGGACUCUCAGAAUUGGUAACAAUUCAAUGCAAAGAUGCCAUUAAUGAUGGAUUUGGGAUGGUGGAUGCUGCUGACGCUGUGUUCCUAGACCUUCCGUCUCCUUGGUCUGCAAUAUGCCAUGCCAAAGCUGCAUUGAAAGCUGGAGGUGGACGAAUUUGUUCAUUUUCUCCCUGCAUUGAGCAAGUACAGAAGACGUGUUUAGAAUUGACAGCACAGGGAUUUGAAGAAGUUUCGACGUUGGAAUGUAUCCUCAGAACCUAUGAUGUACGCACAAUAAGCUUGCCUGUACCAAAACUAGGAUUUGAAUCACCGACAGGGACACAAGCAGAAAAAUCAAAUACAAAAACAGAUAAGGAUGAGCAAGUGAUUGGUAAUGAUGAUAAUGAUGAUAGUUCAAAGGUUAAAGAAGAAGUAACUGAUACUAAUGGCAGCAAAGGAAAAGGAAGAAAACGAGAAAGGCUUGAUUAUAAUCCUAAGGAGAAGGGUCCUAAAGGGCAGAGCAAUUGUGUGGUGAUGAAGUGCACAACACAACCCAAGGAAAUGCCGGGGCAUACCGGCUACCUAACCUUCGCCACACUUUUCAAAAAAUGAUCCUCUAUUUGGUGUGUGGGGGAGAAGAGAGUUAUGCCUUACUCAAGAUCAAUUAUUUUAUAAGAUGAGAGUGCAAAGAAGAAAGUAAAGGUAUUGGAAGGUCUUUGUGGGCAUAACUACAACAGGACUUCUAAUUUUGUUCACUGUGAAGGUUAACCUUAUCUUAUUGUUUACUUGGACAUGUCACUAAACCUUGUUUAUUUCCCCUUAUAAUUGACCUCCUAUUAUUAUUAUUUAAAGCCUUGGUGAUGAAUGGAGCGGCUUAGCUGGCAAAAAAAUAUCUGAAGUGAUUUCUAGCUACUAGCUUUGUUAAGCCUGGAGGAAAGUGUUACGUUAUUUCACUAGCAAGUUUCUAGUGGUGGAUGCUGAAUAGUUUUUUGCCUUGUGCUAAUAAUAAAAAUAAUAAUUAUCUAAAAGUAAGAUCUUAGAUGUGCUUUUUUAUAUGGUUUUCAAUGCUAAAAUGAAAUAAAACCCUUUUUAAUGAUA